CCGAGUUUAUUAGUCUACCGCUGGUACCAAACUACCAACGGCGUUCUAACUUCAACACAUUCUUCACCUGACUGGUAGCAAAGUAGUAUGCCAGACCCGGACCCACCUUCGCGAAAACGCCACCGAACUGCUAAACCUCCAAGUCACAAUCUCAUUAAGAGUUCCAAGUUCUGGUUCCCAGAUGGAAACAUUGACCUUAUCGCGCAAAAGACCUCUUUUCGAGUGCAUAGCAGUAUCCUCUCGAUUCACUCAAACGUGUUUCGAGAUAUGCUCUCAAUUCCCCAACCCAACGACACCGAACAACUGGACGGAUGCAAGAUGGUACAUUUAUCAGACACGUCUGAAGAAUUGACGGUCCUUUUGUCGGCGUUAUAUGAGGGUGCAUCGAUUUUCGGAGAUCAUAAUGUCCUUCCGUUCUCCUCGGUUCAGACCUUGGUUCGCCUGGGAAUGAAGUACCAAGUUGCGGCCGCAAGUCAGGAAGGCAUUCGACGUCUUCGCGAGCUGUACUCGCCUGAUGAUACCAUGAGAUCGAUGAAAUAUCUCAUAGAAGGCAAACAAGACCCUGAUUUCGCUUUCUCCAUCGCAAUAUCCCCAGAAGACUCUAUAUCUGUGCUGCACUUGGCGGGAACGUUCGACAUACGUUCAGUCAUGCCUAUGGCCAUGUACGCUUGUUGUCAAUUGGAUAUCGAUGUAUGUGUCGCCGCCGUUUCAUCGGAAAAAUGGUCUCUGGAAGACUUUCGAAGCUGUCUCAAGGUCAAGGAAGUUCUGCGGAAGAGGGAAUCCUCUAUACGUCAGAAACUUUACAAAUCCCGGCGAGGGGAGGAUGAUUGCGAUCUAAAUUCGUGCCACGACGCAUGGCGGCGGCCAUUUAGCCGUCGUAAUACGCAACACGAUGACAAGUUAUGGACGACGGGGACCCAUCCAUUGUCUUGGCAUCCGUGGCUUUUGGCAAAAACCCGCGAGCGCGAAUGGAAUUGUUGUCGCUCGUGUCUUUCCAAACUCGAAGGUCAUCUGGAGGAAUCCGAUCUUGUUACUUGGACUGUUGUGGAGGAAUUUUUCAAAGAUAAUAAAUUAGAAGAUGAUGCGGACGUUUAGCCGUCGAGGAUGAUUAGAGAAAUUUGACAUUCAGGCAUACGAAAGAGAUAGAUAUUUGUGCAACUCGAUUGAAACAUCUGCGCUGAAUGUACAUGUCAAUAAAUGCAUUCCUAUCGCAACCACGAUGAUGUCGUUGCUGGAUAUUCAACUUGAAUGACGUGUGGCUGAAGUGAGCCUUCUUUCGCGUUCUAUUAAGCAUUCGCAAUGAGCGCACUGCACCGUUAUAGGACCGGAACAUCAUAGCAUAAUUCUAUGGUACAUUAGCGUCGUCAAAAGCCUUCCGUCUCGCUUCGGCUGCAACAAACUCUUCGCACUCAAUACGACUUUUCUUGACAUCGACAAAGUACAGGAAUAUGGUGCUGAGACUUCCCCUGUAAUGUGAUCCGGUUUCAAAUAUGAGUAAUCUGCA